AUGGCCACUGUCGUCCCCCCCCAAAACAAGCGACAGAAAAAGGAGGCCCAGCAGGUUCGAGAGGUCGAUCUCGUGCCAGAGGAUUUACCUCAUGUGCUCAUCAAAUUCCAGGCUGCUGAUCUGGGUGAACAAGUGGGUAGUCUGCUUCGAGUGCCUGGGGGCAUCACCGAGAAACAACUUGAAGAAUUGUUGAAUCAAAUCCAAGGUGAAACAGACGAACCCGUCCCUUACACUUUCCUGGUUCUUAACAAUGAAGAUGGUUCCGAAUCACUUGUCGACAUCAAAAGUACUCUUUAUCACCUGGUACUCAAACCUGGCAUCAAAACGACUGAAGAUUUCUUGACCCUCGUGUACACUCCACGUGCAGUAUUUAAAGUUAGACCUAUCACCAGGUCAAAUGCUGCCAUUGCUGGUCAUGGUCUGACGAUUCUUUGCGCUCAGUUUGCUCCUAACGAUUCUGGCCGUUUGUGCACUGGUGCUGGUGACAGCACCGCCCGCGUGUGGGAUUGCUUGACGCAAACGCCUCUUUUCACGCUUAAUGGCCAUACCAACUUCGUCUUGGUGGUAUCAUAUUCGCCGUGUGGCUCUAUGAUCGCUACUGGAUCUAUGGACAGCACUGUCAGGCUUUGGGAUGCUAACACAGGUAAACCCAUCGGUAAGCCGUUGACUGGUCACAACAAAUGGGUUUCGUCGUUGGCGUGGGAACCGUUACAUUUGACGAAAGAAUCGGAAACUCCUCGGUUGGUGCUGGGACUGAAAGAUGGUACCAUUCGAGUGUGGGACACUACCCACACCCAAUGCCUCUUCCUGAUGAGUGGACACACUAACGCCGUGCUGUGUGUGAAAUGGAGUGGAUCUAACAUAGUCUACCUGGCUUCUCACGAUAAAACCAUCAAGGCAUGGGACAUGAGUGCUCAGGGCAAGUGCAUUCAGACUCUCAAGCUGCACGCUCACUGGGUGAACCACUUGUCGCUUUCUACUGACUACGUGCUUCGAAAAGGUGGCUUCGAUCACACUCUGACGAGACUGCUGGCUCGCAAGGAGCUGCCGGCUGAACUUAGGCGAAAGGCCAAGGAGCAAUACGAAAAAGCUGCCAUGGUGAACGGUAAAUUGAGCGAGAGACUUGUCCUGGCUCUGGACGAUUUCACUAUGUACUUUUGGGAACCUUUGAAACUGCUGAAGCCGGUUACCCGCAUGACGGGUCAUCAAAAGCUUGUCAACCAUGUCCUGUUCCUGCCGGACGGGCGUUAUGUUGUACUGUCUCUGUUUGAUAACCUGAUCAAGGUGUGGGACGGGCUCAAAGGUACUUUCAUAGGCACACUCAGAGGGCACGUUGCUCCUGUGUACCAAACUGCUUGGUCUGCUGACAAUCGGUUGUUGGUGAGUGCGCUGAAGGACACCACUCUCAAGGUGUGGGACAUUCGGACGCGCAAACUCAAGGUGGAUUUACCGGGCCAUGCCGACGAGGUAUUUGCAGUAGACUGGCUGGUAGAUGGGGCUCGCGUUGGCUCCGGGGGCAAGGACAAGAUGGUGCGGAUAUGGUCACACUAG